AUGUCGCUGUGGCUGCGGCGGGGCCGCGGCCCGGAGCGCUGGGCGGCCGAGCGGCGGGAGCUGCAGGAGCGCAGCCGGCAGCAGUGGGAGAGCACCAGCCGCGCCUUCGCCCGCGCCGCCGCCGCCUGCUCCCUGCAGGCUCGGUGGAGCGAGCCCCGCGUCCCCCCGCCCAGGUAGGGCCGCGGUCGGUGCGGCGGGUGGCGGGGCGGCGCGGGGAUCCCGCUCACCGCCGGUGUGUGCGGCAGCGCGGAGGCGGCGCGGCGGGACGCGGAGGAGGCGGCGGCGCGGCUGGAGCGGCGGCGGGAGCGGCUGCGGCGGCUGCUGGGCGAGGAGCGGGAGGCGCUGGCGGCGGAGCUGCGGGAGCGGCGGCAGCGGGGCGGGAUGCGGAGCCAGGAGCUGCGGGACGGGCCCGGAGAGUGCGGGAGGAAGUUUGCUGAGCCGCCGCUGCAGGAGCGCUGGAACAAAAACAACGCGGAGCUCCGAGAGGCAGAGCCUGAGCUGCACAAGAAGCACGUGGGGAAGGCUUGGGGUGAUCAGCCAACACAACAAAACAAGGAAGAGGUGACCAAACUUGAAGAGAAAAAACAUUAUGAAAACGAGUACGAAACGGCACGAGGGGAAGCGCUGGAAAGAAUGAGACAAGAGGAAGAGAAGCCUCAGCUGGAGAAAACCUUGCUUCAGCAGAUAGAAGAACUGAAACUGCAGGAGACAAAGGCAACAAAGCUGAAAAAGGAACAAGAGAAUUUAUUAAAGCAGCAGUGGGAGCUGGAGAAUUUGGAAGAAGAAAGGAAACAAAUGGAAGAGCAGCGGAGGAAGAGCGAGCUUGGUCGCUUUCUGAAGCAUCAGUGUGACGUCCAGCUAAGGAGACGAGCGCAGCAGGUACAGGAGGAGCUGGAGACAGACAGGCAAAUCUUAUCAGCCCUCCUGGAGAAAGAGGAGGAGGAUCAGAGCUGGCAGAGCCCGCGGCGGGGACGGGCGGUGGCAGACGUGGCCUGGAUGAAGAAGGUCAUUGAGGAACAACUCCAGCUGGAAAAGGAGAGGGAAGCAGAGCUUGAGACUAUCUUCAGGGAAGAAGCAAAAAAAAUAUGGGAGAAGAGGGAAGAAGAAUGGGAAAGGGAGAAGGUGGCCAGAGAUCGCCUGAUGAGUGAGGUCCUUACAGGCAGGCAGCGCCAGAUCCAAGAGAAGAUGGAGCUAAACAGGAGGGCCCAAGAAGAAUCCAUUAAAUAUCGAGAGCAGCUGAUCAAAGAACUCGAGGAGGCCAAGGAAGGGACUGGUUGGGACAAGGAGCAGGAGGAGCAGCAGCAGAGAGGCCACAGGAGGGAGCUGCAGGCACAGGGCACAGAGCACAGCCUGGGAGAGGAGGAGCAGCAGCAGGGAUCAGCCCAGCAGCACCUGGAGGCCAAGCAGGGCUGGCACAGCAGGUUCUACAGUUACCCAAGAGCAGCUUGGACCUGAGGAAUGAGCAUGAGAUGCAGCUCCAGACUACAGAAAGAAAACUCUGAGGACUCAAGGAACUCCUGAAAUAAUGGUGCUUCUGGAAUAGCCUACAGUGAGAUCAAGACUUGACUCAGUAGAUUUCUGAAAACAUUUAGUUGUGGCCAAAAUGAAGAGAAGAAAAGUGAAGAAGUGAACUGCUUCACUUGGCAUUCUGGAGUUGUGCUCACGUAUUUCAGUACAUGAGAGGCUGAAGCAACACAGCAAAUUCACCUGAGCCACCAAAGAAUCUGUGUCUCCCCAAGGAAGAGGAGCUGUGGGGCUGUGCCAGACUCCCACCCUGGAGAAUCAGGCUGUGCCUGGCUCCCCACUGGACUGCGAGGGGUUAAUUAAUAAUGUACAUUGCAAAUCAGUCAGAUCAUGUGUGCUGGGGCAGCAGUGCUUGUCCACUUCCUCUCCAGAAGGUGCUGGAGACUUAACCAUUGUUUUUCACUUGUUUCAUAAAUAAUGAAUAAUUGAAACCUGAACAA